AUGCCAGCACGACCCACUAGCACCAAGGCGAGCGGAGUGGUGUCUACCCCUCUACCCAUCUCCGCCCCUCCCUUUUACGCUUCCAAGCCUCACCAUGUGCAGCCCUCUGAAUCAGGCUUGCCCAAAUCCUUCGUCUCGCCUUGGAAAUCUGCUGCGAAUCACCAGAUGAUGGACUUUCUCAAAGCUAGAUUCUUGGACUGGGACGAAGAACCUGCCUUGCCUGCCAAUCUGGACAUUGUCAAGGAGGUGGAUUGGAAAGCGACGCUUGCCAUCGGUAGCGAUCAAACUGCAGUCGUAUGGCUCGGGUACGUCUUCAAGCUCCCACGCUGCGUCUUUGUGCCCACGACUGACGCCGCCUGUGAAACUCUUUAGCCACGCUUGUGGUCUCUACCUGCUGCCCGUCCCUUCAACACACGCGGCGCCCACAAAGCACAUUCGCGUGCUUACAGAUCCCGUCUUUAGUCUUAGAUGUUCUCCUUCCCAAUGGCUGGGACCCAAGCGAUUCACUCCUGCUCCUACUUCCAUUCAAGCGAUCAAAGACAAUGGGGCAUGGCCACACGUCGUGGCCCUGAGCCAGUGAGAAGAAUGAGAGCGUGACGCUGGUGCGGCGCGCUAAUUCUUGUUGUCCUCCGCGUGCAGCAAUCACUACGACCAUCUGGACGAUGCUACGCUUCGAAGCAUCGUGAGGCUGUCGGAUGAACAGCACCCGCUGCCUGUAUGUCCUCGAGCACCACACUAGCUGGUGCCAGACGCUGCUCACAAAUGUCGUCGUUGACGCCCGCAGCAUUUCAUAGCGCCGCUAGGACUCGUUCCGUUGCUAGAGUCCCUAGGCAUUCCGCAAGCACAUCACACCAGCCUGGACUGGUGGCAAGCCGUCUCUCUGUCCCUGCCACUGAGCGCCGAUUCGUCCGAGGUCAGAGGGCAGCUCAAAGCGACUUGCACACCAGCACAGCAUCAAUCAGGCAGAUCCACGUUUGACCAGAAAAAGACCCUCUGGGCUGGCUGGGCCUUGGACAGCAGAAAUGAACAGGCAGGCUCUGGUGGUGCGAAUGUGUGGUUCGCAGGUGAUGUUAGUCAGUCCCGGCUGUACUGCCUCAUGUGAUCAUCACCUGACGCCUUGGUCGUGAUACGCCUUCGGCAGACGGGCCUCCGUGCAGUUCCUAGACGCAACAUGUCCAGAGAGGAGGAGGAUGCGCUUCCGGUCUGUCCUGUAAGUCCCACGCCUCACGAUUUGCCGUGCCUUUCGCCAUUCACACCCGCUCUGCCCGCAGGCCUUUGAGGAGGUCGGAGAGCUGUUGGGACCUUUCGAUCUCUCCAUGAUUCCCAUCGGUGCUUAUUUGCCGCGCAUCUUUAUGAGCAGCAUUCACGUGAGUGCAAACACGCAAAAGUGUAGGUGGGGCACACGCGUUCAAAUCGCUUCCCCUGACGUCGAGCAACGAUGCCCAACUCUUUGUCCCCCCUCCCCCGCAGAUGGCUCCUCACGAUGCCGUGUUUGUGCAUCAAAAAGUCAAGAGCCGCAAAUCGGUCGGCAUACAUUGGGUUAGUAUGGCGGGGGGGCAACAGUCCGAACGAAGCGCUGCGAUCUGACAUCCAUGCUGCUCCCCCCCUCCGACGCCGCGCAAGGGAGCUUGGAGACUGACGCCUGAAGACGUGCUGCAGCCGCCGCGGUUGCUUGUAGAAGAGACGGAUAAGGUAGGCUUGCCCAGGGACAGCUUCUUCACCACAAAGAUCGGAGAGACAACCACAGCUCAGGUGCAAGAGCCAUAG